AUGACCGUGUUUAAGAAGGGAGUGGACUCGCAGGAGUUCCUGGAGCGACUCGGGGAGCAGCUCAUCCUGUCGGCCUGCGACGACAAGCUGGUGGAGCGAGCUUUCCGCAGUCUGGGCGGCAACAUCAAGGACCUGCUGACGACGCUGGACGGCGUACACGACGUGCUGAAGAGGGGCGAGGGCGCGCGCGGCGAGGCAGCCUUCUCGUGCGCCGCCAGCGCCCCUGGCGGCCCGCGGCUGCACUUCGCCACGGACCGCCACGCGGCGGCGCUGCUCCUGCCCGGGUCUCUGCGCGCCGUGGCGUCGCGGCUGUACGGCUCGCGCGCCCAGGUGCGGCUGGCGGACUGCCGGCGCCGCGGCGAGUACAGGUACGCCAUCAGCGUGGAGGGCGACGCGGACCGUCCGCAGCCACCCGGGGGCUCUACGGCGCCGGGAGACCUGCCGGUGGACGUGGCCAGCUUCUGCCGCGCCUUCCCAUGGCACGCGGUGCUGGACCGCGAGCUGCGCGUCGUGCAGCUGGGGGCGGCGCUGCGGCGGCUGCUGGGCGGCGGCGGCUCCGCCUCCCCGCUGGGCCAGCCCGUGGCCCGCUACCUGGAGCUGCGGCAGCCUCGCGGCCUGGAGCUGGGGUUCCCCGCCGUGCUGGCGCGCGCCAACACGCCCUUCGUGCUCGCCAUCCGCCCGCCCUGCCGCCGCGCCGAGGGGCUGGAGCUGAAGGGCCAGAUGGUGCACUGCCCCGAGUCGGACUCGGUCCUCUUCGUGGGGUCUCCCUUCCUGGACGGCCUGGACGGCCUGACGAGCCGAGGGCUGUUCAUCUCGGACAUCCCGCUGCACGACGCCACGCGCGACGUCAUCCUCGUCGGCGAGCAGGCCAGGGCGCAGGACGGACUGCGCCGGCGCAUGGACAAGCUGAAGAGCAGCAUCGAGGAGGCGAGCCAGGCCGUGGACAAGGAGCGGGAGAAGAACGUGAGCCUGCUGCACCUCAUCUUCCCGCCCGACAUCGCCAAGAGGCUGUGGCUGGGGGAGACGAUCGAGGCGAAGGCGCACGACGACGUGACCAUGCUGUUCAGCGACAUCGUGGGCUUCACGUCCAUCUGCUCGACGGCCACGCCCAUGAUGGUCAUCAACAUGCUGGAGAGCCUCUACAACCGCUUCGACGUCUUCUGCGGCCAGCUCGACGUAUACAAGGUGGAAACCAUAGGCGACGCCUACUGCGUCGCUUGCGGCCUGCACAAGCGGAGCUCGACGCACGCCCAGCAGAUAGCGUGGAUGGCGCUGAAGAUGAUCGAGACCUGCUCCCGGCAGCACACCCACGACGGGAAACCCAUCCGGAUGAGGAUCGGCCUGCACAGCGGCACAGUGCUCGCCGGCGUCGUGGGCAAGAAGAUGCCCCGCUACUGCCUGUUCGGCCACAACGUCACCAUGGCCAACAAGUUCGAGUCGGGCAGCGAGCCGCUCAAGAUCAACGUCAGCCCCACCACCUACCAAUGGCUGAAGAAGACGCCAGGCUUCACGAUCACCCCGAGGCCGAGGUCGUGCCUGCCCAGGGGGUUCCCCGCCGACAUCCCGGGAACCUGCCACUUCCUGCACGGCUACAAGCACCCCUCGCUGCCGGCCAGCGACCCCCUGUCAGAGCACGUGGCGGCGGCGCUCAGAGAGCUGCGGCUGCAGUAG